UUAGAAUCAGACCACAUACGACGACCCAUCAGCAGCAGCAGCAGCAUAGCGGCAGCAGCGCGCGCUAAACACUUGUUGCUGGACUUCACAGCGAGGCACGCACCGGUUUUACUACGUACUUCGUACACGUUGCUCCACUAUUUUUACUUUUUCUUCUACCUGCUUGUGACUGUUUAUUACUCACAAAAUGUCCGGAGGAAAACUUGCAUUACUGAGUGUCUCAGACAAAACCAACCUCCUUCCUUUUGCUAAAAAACUACACGAAUUCGGACUGACUUUAGUUGCCUCGGGAGGCACUGCCAAAUCUCUAAGAGACGCUGGCUUGCCCGUGAAGGAUGUGUCCGACAUUACGGGAGCACCCGAAAUGCUUAGCGGUAGAGUUAAAACUCUGCAUCCUGCAGUGCAUGGAGGCAUAUUGGCAAGAUCGACAAGCUCCGAUAAGGCAGACCUGGUUAAACACAAGUUUGAGUACAUUCACGUGGUCGUUUGCAACUUGUAUCCGUUCGUCAAUACGGUCUCGAAGCCCGGUGUUACCAUCGAGGAUGCUGUCGAGAACAUUGACAUCGGAGGCGUGACUCUGCUAAGAGCAGCCGCUAAGAAUCACGCAAGAGUCACGGUUAUCUGUGACCCCAAUGAUUAUGAAAAGGUCGUCUCGGAAUUACAAAAUUCCGCCGACAAAGAUACUUCUUUACAAACAAGGCAAACCUUGGCAGUGAAGGCCUUCACUCACACAGCUCAGUACGACGAUGCGAUCUCGGACUACUUCCGUAGGCAGUACAGCCAGAACGUGUCGCAAUUAAGUCUUCGUUAUGGCAUGAACCCGCAUCAAAAGCCCGCACAAAUCUUCACUAGCCUUGAUAAGCUGCCGCUGACGGUAGUGAAUGGCGCGCCGGGUUUCAUUAAUCUCUGUGACGCGCUCAACGGCUACCAGCUCGUCAAGGAGCUCAAAGCCGCUCUUGGCUUGCCGGCCGCCACUUCUUUUAAGCACGUCAGUCCAGCUGGCGCCGCUGUGGGUGUUCCUCUCGAUGCCGUUUCUCUCAAGCUCUGCCAGGUGGAUGACUUGGCUGAUCAGCUGACGCCACUGGCUACGGCUUACGCGAGAGCUCGUGGAGCCGAUAGAAUGUCGAGCUUUGGCGACUUCGUUGCUCUGUCCGACCCCUGUGAUGUUCCCACAGCAAGAAUCAUCUCUAGGGAGGUGUCGGAUGGUAUAAUCGCUCCUGGCUACACCGAGGAAGCACUAACAAUUUUGCGCAAAAAGAAGAACGGCGGUUACUGCGUAUUGCAGAUCGACCCCAACUACGAGCCAACUCCAAUGGAGCGCAAGACUCUGUUUGGUUUGACGAUGGAGCAGCGACGCAACGAUGCCAAAAUUGAUCGCUCGACCUUUGCCAAUAUCGUUACCAAACACAAUAAUCUUUCGGAAGAGGGUAUCCGAGAUCUUAUCGUCGCUACCAUCGCUGUCAAGUACACGCAGAGUAACUCGGUGUGCUACGCCAAGGACGGUCAGGUGAUCGGUAUAGGAGCCGGGCAGCAAUCGAGGAUACAUUGUACCAGGCUCGCCGGCGACAAGGCUGACAACUGGUGGUUGCGUCAACACCCCAAGGUGACGGGCAUGAAAUUCAAGAAAGGUGUAAAACGCGCAGAGAUCUCGAAUGCGAUCGAUAACUAUGUAAACGGUACUAUCGGUCGCGAUAUGGAGGAAAGUGCUUGGGCAGCCAUGUAUGAAGUUGUGCCCGAAAAGCUCACCCAGGUAGACAAAGACGAUUGGGCUAAGCAGCUCGACAACGUCGCCAUCAGCAGCGACGCAUUCUUCCCAUUCCGCGACAAUGUCGACAGGGCAAGACUCAGUGGCGUACGCUUCAUUGGUGCACCUGCCGGCUCAACUAACGAUGCAGCUGUUAUUGAAGCUUGCAACGAGCACGGCAUUGUCUUAGCCCAUACUGGCGUUAGGCUGUUCCAUCAUUAAUCCAAAACCAAAAUAUCUUUCACCUACCUGUCUAUCUACAGAUCAUGUUAUCAACUUUUAUAUUGUUAUUGCUGUUUUACUCGUUUAUCAUAGCAAUACAUACUUGAACCAUUAUUUAAGAUAUAUGUACAUACGUAUCUGAUUUAUUAUUCAUAAGUUGAACAUUGUCAAUAAAAACUUUAUAACAAUACGCAUUUAUUCAUUAAUCGU